GUUCUGUGUGAGGGGGUGUCCUGGUUUGGGGGGGCUGUCCUGGUCUCGGGGACUGUUCUGAGGGGUGUCCUGGUCUGGGGGGCUCUCCUGGUCUGGGGUGGCUCUCCUGGUCUGGGGGGGCUGUCCUGGUCUGGGUGGCUGUCCUGGUCUGGGGGACUGUUCUGUCUGAGGGGGUGUCCUGGUCUGGGGAGCUGUUCUGAUCUGGGAGGCUGUUCUGGUCUGGGGGGGUCUUUUGAGUGUGGGAGAGGUUGCUCCAUCCUCUUUGCCUACCUGGAGGCUCAGGCCUGGGGGUCUCAGGUGGCUACAUCUUCUGGGUGUGGAGUCCCUAUGUUCCUGGCCCCUGUCACCUGUUUGUCCCUAUGAGGUGGCCUGUGCCUGGGUGCUGGUUGGGGACACAGGCUGGGCCCUGUCUGGGCUGGACUGGCCUCCUGUCCUCUCUGAGCCUCUGUCAUCUAUCCUCCUUAAAAUGGGGUUAUAUCCCCCCAACAUACAGAAUUGCGUGAGGACUCCACAGCGUGUCCCACUUUCCACGUGCCCAGGAGCCCCAGGUCAGGACCAGGGCAGCACCCGCGCCUGCCACUCAGUGUGGGUGCAACGUUUCCCGGGGGAACACGACAGGACACAGUCACAUGGGGUUCAGGUGCCGGGACCUUGGCAGGCAGUUUCUGGCUUUGACCACUCCUUUGGGCAGUGGUACCCGUGUGAAGUGGGGCUGUAUGGGGCACAGGGUCAGCCUGGGGUAGUUUGAGAGCUGAGACCCUUGCGGGGCGUUUGGGCAGAGGAGGAGGUGGACACCUUGGCCAGAGGGCUAGAGAAGCCCAGGCCCCUCAGAUGGCAUUCCUGGGUCCACCUCCCGUCCAGGGGCCAUCUGGCGCCAGCUAAGAAGGUGCAGAGUCAGAUUAGAGAAGUCUUGGGCUGGAUUUCCAGAGAAACCGAUGUCGUUAAGAAGCCUCACACUCGGCUUCCUAGGAUGACUGGCCUCACCUUGGACUCAACCACAGCCCCUCGGCAACAGUCCCCUCAGGGCUCCAGAGAGAAACCCCCACCCUGGGAGAGCCUGGGGUGGGGGCCACAGAGAGGAGGCAGAGCCCUGGGCCCCCAGUGCAGGCUGGAGCUGUGGCUGCUCUUGGGGAGGGUGGCACGGGAGAGGCAGGACCGAGGGGUGGGGACACAGGGUGGCCCCAUCACAUGGUGGGGGCAGCUCCGCGAGUCCCAUCCAAGGGAGUCCGAGGGGGGCUACUUGGGUCCUGCUGGGGCUGUGUCCCCAGACGAGGCCCCUGCUGCCCCCCGCCCCCCUCCCACAGAGCCCUCUGAUGCCUGUGGCACCCCUGGCAGGCGUGGUUCCUGGGGAGUGGUCCUUGGCCACAGGAGCCGUCUGAGCCCCGGGGAUGCCUCUAAGGCCACGGGAGGCCGUCUGAGCCCCGGGGAUGCCUCUAAGGCGAGUGGCUGUCCAGGGGUGCAUCUCCAGGGAGAUGGGAAGCGAAGCCUCUGCCUCUGGAGGGUGGGAUGGGGACACCAAGUGCAGCCUGGGUGCCCACAGCUGUCCCCCCGCAGGAACCAGUACCACCUGCACCAUGGGGCUGUCCCGGAAGGAGCAGGUCUUCUUGGCCCUGUUGGGGGCCUCGGGGGUCUCAGGCCUCACUGCACUCAUUCUCCUCCUGGUGGAGGCCACCAGCGUGCUCCUGCCCACAGACAUCAAGUUUGGGAUCGUGUUUGAUGCGGGCUCCUCCCACACGUCCCUCUUCCUGUAUCAGUGGCCGGCGAACAAGGAGAAUGGCACGGGUGUGGUCAGCCAGGCCCUGGCCUGUCAGGUGGAAGGGCCUGGAAUCUCCUCCUACACUUCUAAUCCUGCGCAGGCUGGUGAGAGCCUGCAGGGCUGCUUGGAGGAGGCUCUGGUGCUGAUCCCAGAGGCCCAGCAUCGGAAAACACCCACGUUCCUGGGGGCCACGGCUGGCAUGAGGUUGCUCAGCCAGAAGAACAGCUCUCAGGCCAGGGACAUCUUUGCAGCAAUCACCCAGGUCCUGGGCCGGUCUCCCGUGGACUUUUGGGGUGCUGAGCUCCUGGCCGGGCAGGACGAAGGUGCCUUUGGUUGGAUCACUGUCAACUACGGCUUGGGGACGCUGGUCAAGUACUCCUUCACUGGAGAAUGGAUCCAGCCUCCGGAGGAGACGCUGGUGGGCGCCCUGGACAUGGGGGGGGCCUCCACCCAGAUCACGUUCGUGCCUGGGGGCCCCAUCUUGGACAAGAGCACCCAGGCCGAUUUUCGCCUCUACGGCUCCGACUACAGCGUCUACACUCACAGCUACCUCUGCUUUGGACGGGACCAGAUGCUGAGCAGGCUCCUUGUGGGGCUGGUGCAGAGCCGCCCGGCUGCCCUGCUCCGUCACCCGUGCUACCUCAGCGGCUACCAGACCACACUGGCCCUGGCCCCGCUGUAUGAGUCACCCUGUGUCCACACCACACCCCCGCUGAGCCUCCCCCAGAACCUCACAGUUGAAGGGACAGGCAACCCUGGGGCCUGCGUCUCAGCCAUCCGGGAACUUUUCAACUUCUCCAGCUGCCAGGGCCAGGAGGACUGUGCCUUCAACGGGGUCUACCAGCCCCCGCUGCAGGGCCAGUUCUAUGCCUUCUCCAACUUCUACUACACCUUCCACUUCCUGAAUCUCACCUCCGGGCAGCCCCUGAGCACGGUCAACGCCACCAUCUGGGAGUUUUGCCAGAGGCCCUGGAAACUGGUGGGUGGGCCCUGGGCUCCCUGGCUGCAGCGAGGGUCCCUGAGGGUGCAGGGCUGCCCCGGGCAGGAUGCUGGAGCCUCAUUCUGGGCAGCGCGGCCAGCAGGGCCAGGGGAGGCAAGAGCGGAGGACAGCUCCAGGCCGUGCCACUCCAGGUGGAAGCCAGCUACCCUGGGCAGGACCGCUGGCUGCGGGACUACUGUGCCUCAGGCCUGUACAUCCUCACCCUCCUGCAUGAGGGCUACGGGUUCAGCGAGGAGACCUGGCCCAGCCUCGAGUUCCGAAAGCAGGCGGGCGGUGUGGACAUUGGCUGGACACUGGGCUACAUGCUGAACCUGACCGGGAUGAUCCCGGCCGACGCGCCGGCUCAGCGGUGGGCAGCGAGCGACGGCAUCUGGGUGGCCAAAGUGGUGUUCAUGGUGCUGGCCCUGGUGGUGGUGGUGGGGGCUGCCUCGGUCCAGCUCUUCUGGUUGCAGGACUAGUGGGAAGGCGGAGGUGGCCCCCACAGAGCCCACAGGCGGCUGUGUCCCGGACGCCGGAGGCUUCCUGAGCCCUGAGCGCCGUGGGGCCUUGCUCUGUGGCUCUGCCCACGGUCAGGUGACAGCCACCUCCAGGGCACCGUCAGGGUGAUGCUGGCCACAGAGGCUGCACGGCCUCCCCUCCCGGCGUCCCUGCCCGCCCCCCGCCUUCCGCAACUGGGCUUCCAGGGCCGUAGGUGCCUUUCCGCACGCAGGCCGCCAGGACUCGUGGUGUCUCCAGGCUGUGUGACUGCAGGGCCACAUGCUGCCUGCAAACAGAGCAAGACCACGGAGGCACAGGGGUCCUGCUCCUGACGGGGCCUCAGGAGGGGCGGAGAGGGGCGGAGGGGAGGGAGCUGCCCCGCCUGGACCCCCGCUCUCCCUGUUGUUGUCUGCGCGGAUAGAUGGAGUCCAGGCCUGGGGGCUUCUGCUGGGCCAGCCCGGCUUCCCACACCCACUUGGAGGGUUAGACUGCAGUGGGGGUUGUUUUUAUUAAAGCUCGUGGAC